GAAGAACGCAAAUCGAGCAUGACUUGUUGUCAAACUACAACAACAGCUUUUUUGAAGCCUGAAUGCUUCAGCUCCUUUUCUUCCUCAUUCUCCUCCCCGGCAGCUAGUACAAUGCCUGUGAGUGAUGCCUCUAAAAUAAACAAUAAAUACAUAAAUGGUGUUUGUCCACAAAUAUCCGGCGCGUCCUCCUAUGUGGAUAACAACAAUUACAACAACAAUAGUCAAAGCUUAAAUUUAAUUGCCCGAACGCUAGAAGAUAGUAGAAUCAACGGUUGUGUUGAUUGCAUAGAUGGAGUAAAUUGUCAUAUGUUUAUGAUGGACGCUAUGGAUGAUGAACACGUUAAACGGCCGAUGAAUGCUUUUAUGGUCUGGUCUAGGGGCAAAAGGAAACGCAUUGCUACAGAAAAUCCAAAAAUGCACAAUUCUGCAAUUUCGAAACAAUUGGGACAUGAAUGGAAGCUUUUAAGUGAGGUGGACAAACGCCCUUUUAUUGAUGAAGCUAAGCGAUUGCGUCAGUUGCACAUGCAAGAACACCCCAAUUACAAAUACCGCCCCCGUCGGAAGCCUCGUCAACAUCAACAUCAACAACACAUGUUACAACAUCAUCAACACACUUGUCAUAAUUCUACCAAUAUUAAAUGCCCCAUACCAACAAAAACAACAACAAAUACUUCCCCCCAACAAUCUCAAAAACAUCCUCCUCCAUUCUUCACUACAACUCAGCAAGUUUCUUCAGCACCUUUUGGGGGUGGAGAAAAGUCGGCUCCUUCAGCUUUUCCUUUGGCCCAAAUUCCUCAUUUACCAUUUAUUUUGCCCUCUACUUCCUCUCAAUCAUCACAACAACAUAAUGCACCUAUUACGGCCCCAUCUCAUUUAUUGCCUAAUCUUCCCUUGUUGAUGAGUGGGUUGAUACAGCAAUAUCAACAACAACAGUUUUCCAACGGAAAUUUACUCUCUUCACCUCCACCCUCAUUUCAUCCUCCUCAACCUUCCUUAAACUUAACGCCCAACUUUGGGUUGCCUGCUUCAUUUAAUAAUAAUGGUUGCAACAAAAUGCCCAUACCUACAAGUGCUUCAGGUUUUGGAGCAACCGAUCCAACGCAAUUACAACAACAAUUACAAAUGUUUAUGGCUGCUGCUUUGUUGUUGCAACAACAACAACAAUGA